ACAGACGAUAACGGAAAAAGUCUUAUCCAAAAUUUAUUAUCAUAAUAUUAGUUGAAGUAUGAUCAAAUAGCAUAGAAAAAUAGAGCAUUCUUUUCUCUAUCAGGCUUAUAUAGAAAGAAAGUUUUUUUUAAGCUUACUAUAUGGCUAUGUAACGUCGUGAUCAGAACUUUUGGUACACCCUAAGUAUGUUGAGUUAGUCUAGAUACCCUGAAAAACUCAGUCCUAUAGAUCUUAGUUCCGCUAAGUUAUUACUGAAAAACCAGUGUUUACGAUCUCACACUUUGUAGAGGAUUCUUCAGGCUACAAAAUCUAUGUGCAAAGUUUUUCCUGCACAUGCUUAGAUUUUUCAAAAAACUUGAGUUUAUUCGUUAUUAGCGACCGGAGUAACGAAAAAUUCUCUUGUAACUGAAUGAAAAGUUCAAAAUUCAAUUCUAAAAAUUACAAAUUCUUCUUGACGAUCGCGAGAUGAUAGCAAAACAGAAAGCCUUGUCUUAGGACAAGAACAGACUUUUAGGAAAACUCAUUUCGAAAAGGCAAUCUUUUCUGAGUUAUUUGCUAAUUCCGUUUUAAUUAAUUAACUAAUUAAGCUUAGUUAGGUGUAGGCUGAAAGAGCCAAUAUUUUUCCAUAUAUUUAUGGGAAAAGGAUUUGUUCAAAAAAAUAACUUUUAUAAAGAGUCAAAGUCAAAUUGAAGAUAGUCAUGUCCUGUUUUCGCUGAUUUUUGUCCGUAUAAUGUAUAAAUGUAGAGUUCUUAUCUAAUGAUCGAUUUAAUUAAAUCAAGGGCUUAGCAUGAAAAUUGUUUUCGAUAAUAUUGAAAAGGUUUUCAAAAAGACAAAGACUAUUUUGGACACAGUGUAAGUUGUCUGAUCCUACAUAUAUGUACAAGUUAUAAGAAUUGUUGCAAAAGAUUCUACUAAAUAAUUAAUGAGAUCUUCAUUGGCAUAAAUUCAAAAAAAGCUUAUUUAUCCUGGAUCUGCCCUGCUCAUUAUAAGCUAUAGGUCUUCUCAGGUAGUUUGUGUAUUGUUGUUUUUUUUUUGACAUACUAAUAUUAUAAUGAUAAAUAAGAAUCAAGGAAAAAUGAGAACUUAUGUAAGAUCAUCAUAACAAAAACGAUAAAAACAAUAAUUCCGUGUCAGAAAACAGAAUUUUUUUAUAUUUUUUUGUAACUAAAUCGAUAAAUCAUAUCUAUAAAAAUUAAUAAAUACUUUCAAAUAAUUUUCUAGAGAUUUUGGUAUUCGUGGCGUUGCUUUACGUUUAUUACAUAAACUUUUACCUAAAUUAACACAUGAACAAUUAUAUGAAAUAGCACAAAUAUUAUAUGUUGAUUGUCCAAAUGAAUAUCAAAUGUGGACACUUGAAAUUUAUAAAUGGAUGUAUGAUUAUAUAACAAAUUAUUUAACAAAAGAAAUAAAAACAUCCAUAACACCAUUAUCAGAAAUAUUUUAUCAUCAUGUUCGUGUACAAUUACUACAAUUAUUAUCAAGUAAAAAUGAUAUACGUGUUAAUUGUCGAAAUUUUUGGUGUGAUUCAAAACGUUUAAGUAUAUCAUCACAUCAUCGUCUUAUGGUAUUAGUUGAUCAAUUAUAUUCAAUUAAAACUGAAAAUGAAUAUUUAAAUUAUUGUACAAAUUUUCUUCUUGAACGUACACCACAUAAUCCUGAUUAUAAUCAUCUUAUAUUUGAAAAUCCACUUGAUAAAUGUUUAUUUCAAGAAUUUCCCUUAGCAUGUAAUUGGCGUCAACGUCAUCAUACAUAUAUGACACCUUUAUUUACAUUACAAUCACAAUCCAUCAUUGAUCCAUCAAUAUCAACAACAACAAAUUUAAUAACUAUGGAUCCUAUUCAAUUUAUACAAACAUUAAGUGACAAUAAUAAUAAUAAUAAUGCAGAUCAACAAC